GGGUGAUGUAAACAAAAAAAUGAAAGAAUAAUAUGUGUUGCUUGUUUAAUUUUUCAAGUUGAAAAAAGAGUCGUGUGGAGAGAGUGACAUGGCCACUCCAUCGUUAAUGGUCCUGUAUUCUAACGACGCAGUAGAAGUUCGUUACUCUGACCAAUCAUGUCUUCAGGUGGCUCCAUGUGGUUCAACAUUUGUCCACCAUGAAAGUCCUAAAGAAGUCCUUCACCCUGCUCAUGGAAUGAAAUCAAUAAGUCAGAGAAGUGAGUUUGUGACAAGUGACUACAAGUACAAACUAAUCCAAGCACUGGACUUCAGGAACAGGUUUGCAGAGAAGCCUUACAUCUGUAAAGAUCUAACCAUGCCUGAUCAAAUAGUUCCUCUGUAUGCCAACAUCAAGGAAGCAGCUUGGCCAAAGACUGUAGACGAGUGUGAGAUAGACUAUCUACCAGACGGAAGUGUCCGAUUAUUGUCAGCAGAUGAAUACGCUAGUCUGGUUCUCUCCCCUCACAAACAGGACUUCACUGUGUGUUACCUGUCUCAGAUCAGCACGGAACCGAGAAAACCAAGGAGACACCAACACAAGAACAGACGUCAUAAGUCGUCCUCUACUAACAACUCAGCUAAACAUAGCAGUGAUGACUUAGACUGUACAUUAAGAGAAAACUUAGAUAAAGUGUCAUUAAGACAGGAGGAAGGAUUAAAUCUCAGCUCGUCAUCGAGCUCUGUCGGCCAUAUUGAGCAGGUCAAGGACAGUGGACAUGAGAGUCCUCCUCCUGACCAGUCCCUGAGUAAACAGACUCACAAUGAGCUCAAUAUCUCGCCCAUCAGUAUGGCGAGCAGUAUGAGAAGUCCCCACACAUCUCCAGAGGGGCAGGAGGAGAAAAAUAAAUUCCAUCGUUACUCCACACCCACAAAUCAUGUCACUGACCAGGAGAAGGGGGAUGAAAUAGAAAUAGGGGGCAAAAAAUCAGCAUUUAGACAUUACAGGCUCCAACAAGACAAGGGCACAGACGGAUCAUUCCUGGAAGUUAUCGAAUCUCAGAAAAACUCUGAAAAUAGUAAACCUCUAAGGCACCAGAAUUCACAGCCAAGCAUUAAUCCAGAAAGUAAUUCUGGCAAAGAAGAAAGAUCUGCAUCAUCUGUAAAGGAAUCUCACUCAGAAUCAAAAAGUUGUCACAAAAAUUCUGCUCAGAGAUCAGGAAAAUUACAAGAGUUUUCCUCCAAAACCCCACCUCUAAGUCCAUCAAAGGAAUCUACCCACAGUUCAUUUAGUUCCCAGUCUGAGCAAGAUUCGCUGGAUGAGACAUCAACUAGGUGUUUGUAUUCCUGGGUGACCAGACAUUUCUCCUGUGAAGAGUGCCCUGUGGCAUGGAGACAUCCACUCAAUAUGGCAAGGUCAAUCAUAGAAAAGAGAGAGGAAUAUGAGAAGAAAAUGUUAGAAGAAGGUGUAAAGAAGCAGAAAGCACCUGUUAACCCACAGCAUUGUAAGGAUAAGUACUGUAUGUGUCCGUUCCCCGCCCCCACCCCCCUGACCUGUCCCUCCCAGCACCUCCACAGGCUACAGACAAACUACAUAUACGAUGACGAUAAAAACAGCCUGGACAACCUGACCACAUUUAAACAGGGACGACUGAAAGUGCUAAUGGUGGAAGGUGUCAUAUUUAGAAUACUGAGACUGUCUUCUACAAAAGUCCUGGAGAUUUUUCCUGGAGAUGGAAGUGUAAUUGUGUCACAAGGGGUCAAAGGUCACUACUACAAGCACAGUAUUCCAUAUGGAGACAGGGGUGAGGUUGAGGAGAGAAGUUACUCCAUUAAAUCGUUACCCCCUCACACACCAGGUGCCGCAUACACAGUGGAGAAGCUGAUCAAAAGAGCCAGCAGGUUUCUAAAUCAGGCAGACCAAGAAGACAAAGUUCUAACAAAGGCAGAUAUCUGUUGCUGGAAGCAGCAGUCCCUGGUGAUUGAGCCCCUCCCCACCAGUGUGUUGGAGGAGUGUAGUGUCCCGGGGUACGGUCGCUUUACUGCCUUCUCCAGUGGACAUGUCCGGAUCGUAUUUAAUGAUCGUACUUCACUAGACAUGUGGUGUGACUUCUCCAAGCGAGUUGAAUGCUGUCUACAACACAGUGAAGGAAUUCACCACACUCAGAUGUGUCAGAAUGGAGAAGGAAGCAUGCCCACAGCUCUGAGGGUCAACCCUGAGUUCCGUGAAGGCUUCUGUAAACUGCUGCUUCCUAACGGACAAUAUCAAGUGGUGGAUGUCAAAAAACCAGGAUUAUACAGAAAGUACACAGAUGCAGCCAUUGAGUGGGGGUCAUGGGUAAACAGUCUUCCUUCACAACGAACAGAGUUCUACUCAAGAUGGCAGCAACAGCAGACUGAGGAAAUCAUGGUACAAAAGGAACUCCAGAAGAUCAAAUGUUUUAACUAUAUAACAGACCAUGCAGUUCCUCAAGGCAGAGGAGGAUUAACCAAUGAAAAUUUGACUGCUGGGGGUCAUCAGGGUCAAGGUUAUCAAAGUACUAGUUAUAUUCCUACAGAAACUCAUCCUGUACAACACACAAAGUCAAGAAUGCCUCACCAUGUCCAUUUCUCUCCUCCUAGUGCUUCAAAUUAUCCAAUCAGAACUCAGGAAAAUAGUCACAUGUCAACAAGUCACAACAGUAACCAAUCUGUGUUGCUUCCAAGCAGUUUAGAAAUGAUGCGUGGCUUUGAUUCUGUGAGGGAGGCAUUGUUGAAGACUUCUAAAGCCAUUCAUGAUAUUGAUGACAUUUUGGAUAAACGAAAAAAGUGACAAGUCAUUACAAAUGUAGAGCAAAUUGCAUAAAUCAUUGAAAUCACCAUUAUAAUAUGUAAGAGAAAUCUGAUUGUCACCUGUAUUUUGUUCAAAUAGUCACUAUAUAUUAUACGCAAAGUAAUUUAUAUCAUGAAAUCAAAGAAUAUUGUAUU